CCCUGCAUGGUGGUGUCUCCACCAUGUAUGAGCGAAGCUGAUCGCUACAGCCUGGACGCCCUGCGGAGCAUCCAUCAGAUGAUGGACGAUGACCAAGACGGUGGGAUUGAGGUGGAAGAGAGCGUGGAGUUCAUUAUUGAGGACAUGAAGCAGCAGCAGACCAACAAACACAACAACCUGCACAGAGAAGACCAGCACAUCACAGUGGAGGAGCUCUGGAGGGGAUGGAAGUCAUCUGAAGUACAUAAUUGGACUCAAGAGGAGGUGGUCCGCUGGCUGAAAGACUUUGUUGAGCUGCCACAGUAUGAGAGGAACUUUAAAGACUUUAAGGUCAAUGGAAAUACACUCCCUAGGAUUGCAGCUAAUGAACCUUCAUUUCUGAGUAUCCAGCUGAGAGUUCAGGACCAGAGAGAUAAACAGAAGCUCAACAUUAAAGCUCUAGAUGUGGUUCUGUUUGGACCACCUACACGCCCCCCUCAUAACUACAUGAAGGACCUGCUGCUCAUUGUGUCAGUGGUGAUGGGAGUCGGAGGCUGUUGGUUUGCUCAGGCCCAGAACAAAGCCAGCAAAAUCCACAUUACCAAGAUGAUGAAGGAUUUAGAAAGUCUGCAGAGGGCUGAGCAGAGCCUCAUAGACCUACAGGAACAACUGGAGCAAGCCCAGGAAGAAAAGCGCAAUGUGGCGGAAGAGAAACAGAACCUGGAGGAGAAGAUGAGAGAUGAGAUCAUGGGCGCACAGGAAGAAGCUUACCGUCUGCAUGAGCUGAGGCAGGGAGCCGUCAGUGAGCUCAGCCGCCUGCGAUAUGCAGAAGAGGAGCUAGAACAGGUAGACACACCGUCCUUGGAGCACUGA